AUGGAGCAAGAGGACACGGGACUUGAAUACCGACAGAAUUUCGAUGAGGAAGAUGACAAUAAUGGCAACGAACCAUGGCGAUUCCUGUUGUUGAAGGAUUUUGAAGUAAGAAGCACGUGUGUUAACGACUCUACAGAUUUGGAUUCAGAUUCGGGGGACUCAUUGAUGGAAUUAAAUACACCAGAUGGGCAUUAUGCAAAUCCGGAAGAAAAAUCAAAAUUAAUACACACAAAACAACAUGUAACAGACGUCAAUGACAAUUUUGCAUUCUUUGUACCCGCCAAAGGGGAUGUGGAUUCGAGCUUAACGGAUGUGUCGCUUGAGAUGAAGUUGAUAAAUAUGACAAAUCUACAAGGAACUCAACUGGAACAAGGCGAUAUUCUAAUAAUAAAUAAAAGAAAGAGACCCGGAUUGGGAUUGGUCUAUACAUUGGAUGCCGGUGGUCGUACAUCAGAGAAAAUAAUAGAUAUGAUUAUGGUGUCAUUGGGAAUAUUGAUUAAGCGAGAAGGGUAUAAGACAUUGAGAGUCCCGGCGGGAAGUGAACAUUCGAAUAAAGCACUACAAGGUUAUUACAUUCGAAAGUUACGUAAGAUUGAUUUAUUAACGAAAUUCGGGAUAGCAAUUCCACUGAGACAGCAAGAAGCUGAAGAUGUAGCAAAAGCGUUAGCAGGAAAAGCAGAUAAGGAUGAUAGUGGGAAUCGACCGAUACAUCAGCUCGUCAUCGCUGUUGGACAGGACACAGGAGCAAACAGGGCAGGACUAGUAGAAAUAAUGGAAUACAUGCUACAAAAUGGAGUCGAGGUGGAGGUGAGAAAUCGCGAAGGAGUCGCAGCUGUGCAUCUGGACGUACGACAAGGGUAUAUGGAAAUAUUUGAUUCGUUUACUGAACAUAAUGUGAAUAUGGACAUUGAAGAUGAAAAAGGAAGAACACCAUUAUUCUACGCAGCGGAGUAUGGGCAUACGGAAAAAGUAAAUGCAUUAUUAAAACAAGGGGCUAGAGUCAAUCAUAGGGAGUGCCAUGGAAUGACACCACUGUUCAUGAUAUUUAAGAAAAUUCUUGCUCACCGAUAUGAAGGAGACAAUUCGUACAGUCCAGAUCAUAUAAGAAAGAUGGGAAUAGCGGAAAUGCUAAUAAAAUUUGGAGCCAAUGUCAAUCAGCAGACGACUAAUGAAGGGGCAGCACCAUUGCACCUAGCAGGAGCAAGAGAGUAUGAUGAGAUUGUAACGAUGCUGCUAGAAAAUGGAGCAAAUGUUAAUCUAAAAGAUAAAAAGAGAAGAUACGUGCAAAAUGAAGCGGAGUAUGAAGUAAAAUGUAAGAAGGAAAUGGAGGAAAUGAAGGAAAUUGUGUUAAUACGUCAAGGGAAAAGAGAAGUGACACCUAUCGACAUGUGGAAAGCAUGA